AUGAAUGAAUGAAUGAAUGAAUGAAUGAAUGAAUGAAUGAAUGGUUAUAGACAGAGAGCAACCUUUCCUCUUGCCCGCCGUCAUUCAUGCAAGUAAGGCGUGGGAUGUGCCAUUUCAAACCAAUAUAAUAGUAUGAGUAGUAACAUUCUCCGGCCCAACCAUGAACUGACUGAUCGGGAACUCAGCGAGAAGCGAGGCCUGAAGCGACUCUUGAAGCGUCAAAUGAGGCGACGGAAACUGGAAGUGCGGUUGAAUCAAGCCAUUAUGCGAAAGGAUGCCGUCACGGAACAAUUUUCCAGAGUCGAGUUGGACCAAUUCCUGCGAGAGGAAGAGAACGAGCUGUUCAAAACGCAAUCAAUGAAUUUGGUGGCACUGGAAAACGACUACAACACAAGUAGUAGUACUAUACUGCCCAAAGAGCAUCGAGAAAGCGAAGCAGAACAGGCCAAGGCACAGUAUGACAUUGAAGAACUCUACCAAACCUACUACGACCUACUCGAGAAACAAUUAGAAUCGAAACAAAAUGGAAACUCAGAGCAUUACGAGAAAACGCCGAAAGCAUGCGAUACAACCAAUGGAACUCUCAUCAAGGAUCACCAAAAAGCCGAGGCCAGAGUGCUCUUGAUCAACAUGACCAAGGGGACACAAACGGUGGACAUGUUUGAAAAUUCAACAGCACUCAUGGGCUAUGUGCGCCAAAAGUUUCAAGAACGUGCUUGUUUGGCCAUUUCUUCGCUCUGCAAGUUGGAUCCCAGACGGGCUGAUCUGGGACAACAACCACCUCAAUUCUGGAAUCUACUGUUGGCGUGCCGAUCCAUUUGCAGCAUUGGUUGUGGACCCGGCUGCGAUGUCCUGGGAUUGGUGAAAUUCUUGCAGUGCUUUGCUGCCACUCCAAAAGACGAGACUUUGGUCGAUCGAGUAAUCUUUCUCGACUGGACCAUGGACAAGUGGGAACCAUUCUUGAGGCCGCUCAUAGACGGGGUUCUAAUACCACAAAAGUACGUGGCAUCCGCCGACUGUGUGUUUGGCGACGUGCUGCGUCCUCUGUCGGAGGAUUGUAAUCAAACAGCCAAGGAUCUACUAUUCUUGCAAGAAGAAGGGGGUGUGGAUCUCUACGUGACAUCUUACCUGUUGACGGAAACCAGGGGAAAGUGGCAUGACUUUUAUAGAGACAUUAUUGACAUGGCCAAACCGGGGGCGUUGUUCUUGUUUGCCGAGCCCAAAGCGUGGCAGCUGCACAGUCUGAUGGAACAGCAUGGUAGUACCAAAAUGGAGUAUGUGUGGUUGGAUUCAUCCAUGUAUAGUCCAAUGAUGCAAGCACUCGAAGGACGAGUCGGUCCUGCAGUCUUGUUGUGUAGGAAACUGUAACACAAAAUGUGUAGUAACACCGUACUCAAUGCUCUUGACAGGCGUCGUAAGUCUACAUGACGUUGUAGUGUUUGGGUACACCCCAUAACCGAGCAAUGACGACGUAGCUAACCAAGUCUACUGAUCAAUAGUCUUCGGAAACCAUGUUCCUACCGCAGUCAUGAUCAUACGCAGUUGCUGUUGCGAUAAAUGAUGUUUCUUUUUAUAUGUA